CCAUACGCUCGACAAAUUUAUUCACAACUUGCGCCAUGUCAGAAAAGACGGCAAAAACACAUACUGCUGUCUCUAAUCGGGCUAGGGCAAAGCAGGCACUAGAGCGCAAGGUCGUCUACAAAAGCGUCCUGGAUAACCCGCAUCGAAUUCAAUGGCCAUCGAUACCCAUGAAUAUCGGGAAUUCUCUACUCUCACGGGUGAUUGCUCUACUUGACGGAGUUGCUUCGUAUCAUCUUCUGCGCGAUCAAGUGAACAGGGCACGGAAGAAAGCUCGACGCCUAAACGAUGGUACCAGCGAAGGAAGGCCCCCGAAGAAGGCGAAGAAGGAUGGCAUGCAUCUUCUGGUUGCGGAUUCCAACCAAGGCACAGAUGUGACUCCUGGAGACUCCCAGGACAUGAGCGCAAAAGGUCAGCAGGAAGAAGUUGAGAAUCAGGAGGUAGCCUCCCCCGGUCCGCCAGCUGUGCUGCGCUUCUUGACCAUAGGUGUGAAUGAAGUCACCAAACGAUUGGAAGCUCAAGCCAUAGCAAGUCGUCAAGCCGUGACCAGCUCGAAUGACGGGAUAGCCGUUACUGCCGCGACGCUCCCUUCUCCGCUCCGGAUGAUCUUAGCUUGCUCAGCGGACAUUGACCCUCCGAUUUUGAUCGGACAUCUUCCCGGGCUGGUCGCAACAUGUAAUUCGGCUGCUCGCGGACCCACCCUGUCCACCCAGGGCACUCCGGCGCCUAUCAAACUAGUCCCCCUUCCCAAGGGAGCAGAGUACGCUUUGUCAGAAGCCCUGGGGCUGCGCCGCGCCUCCGUCGUUGCGAUCGAUGCUGAUGCCCCGGGUCUAUCCAUGCUCGAUGAUCUCAUUGAUCAAGUACCUACGCUAGCGGCGUCGUGGCUGACUCCGCAGUCGUUGGUCAAUCCGGAGCAAUCUCUGGUACCCACUCAUAUCAAACAGCUACGCACAUCGGCACCGAAGGACAUCAAGGCUGCGAAACAGAAACGCGCCGAGGGUAAAGCGGCUGCGAAGGAAAGGCAAAGGCGACGGCGGAAGGAGCUUUCCGACAGAAAGACUCGCUUGAGCAUAACAACUUAAGGUGCAGAAGCGCCGUUGCUUCCCUGUUUCUGUCCAUUGCCUUCCCUGCCGUCGCGAAUGAUCCUUGUACGUGCCUGUGAGCCGGUACAUUCCGAUAUAUGAGUUCCCUCCCUAUUCCCUAUUCAUAGUAAGGAACACCGAUGUAUCCGUGCUUCGUACGUCUCUUUGCGGAGGAAUUGUGCACUCU